UUCUCCCGCGCCAUGUUUUGUUUCUCUCUCUCAAACUUUCCUAUUGAUUUUGUCGCUGUAAAAUGACGAUUGAAAGUGUGAAUUCAAAAACCAAAUCGGAGCCGUCCAGGCACGGAUUACUAGAGAGAUGUCCGGCGAAAACGCGGCGUCGAAUGCAAUCUGUACGAUCUGCUACGAAGAUCUAAAACCGGUGGCUGAGAAUCUGCAAUCGAUCUCCGCGUGUGGCCACGUGUUCCACGAACUAUGCUUGCAGCAGUGGUUCGAGUACUGCCCGGCCACGAACAAGCGAAACUGCCCGAUUUGUAAGCAGAAGUGCUAUCUGAAGGAUCCGUUCCGUCUUUACUUUCAAUCUUCCGGAAAUCAAAUCGAAUCAUCGGGGAAGGUAGUGGGAGUCGAGGAAGAUCCGGUGGUGUUGAGAGGUGAAGUGAAGCGGCUCGAAGGGAAGUUACAUAACCUUAUUUCUGCUCUGGAGGAGCAGAAGAAGGUUAAUGUUGAAGUCUCUGAUCAGUUGCAUCAAUGCAAGGAGAAAUUGGAUGAGGAGAAAGUUAAAAGGAGGGAGGCUCUGCAAGAAAUAUCAACGAACAAACACUUGCUUAAAUUAAAAUCAGAGGAAUGUGCUCAGCUUACUACUCAGUGCGCUCAGAUACAAGACAGAACUAUGGCUCUUGCCAAGGAGCUCGCAUCGCUUAAAUUGGUUUCAGAUAUAAGCUUGGAGGAAGAUGAUGUGCUGAAGCUAGCUUUGUUGGGGAAUAACGCAAAGACAAAAGAUACAAUAGACACACUUGUCAAGUCCUUGGUUAUCCGAAACAGGAGUUAUAAGGAGUUGCUAGCCAAGUGCAAUCAGCUGGGCAGAGGCGAAGCUCGAUCUUCUGAGAAACUUGAUAAAGCUUUGGAAAAGAUGGAUAGACUUAAGAAGCGAGUGAGGGAACUUGAGAUGAUAAAUGAAGAGUGUGAGAACAGAGCAAUAAGGGAUGUAAUAAAAGCUUCAAAGAAUAGCAGUGAUAGAGAAGUUUCCAAGCCUACAACCGAAAACUUGGUUUCGUUCAGAAAGCUUCCAUCUGGCAACAUAGUGGACAGAAUCUCUACACCACCUGCUAAGUUGGAGAAGAAUGAUGGCUUCACCAAUCAUGGAUCAUGUUUAGGUGGAGCUGGAAGAGAAGACUCCUUUUUUGGCAAAACGGUUAUUGAGGUGGAUGAUGAUGUUCCUGAAACCACCAUUUCCGGCAUCAGACAUUCGGAUUCUACUAUGAAAGACGAGAAGGUUGAGGAUACUAAUGUUCAGGAGAAACGUGAUGAUCCGGUAGUCAAGGAUAUUAAGUUUAACAUCAGAGAAGACUCCACAUUCUCAGCGGGGGCUGGAGACAGUUGGUUAUCAAGUGGAAAAGAUCAAAAUCUCAGAAGAUGGAGCAAACAAGGAGAGAGAAACGAAGCUCCUCAUUCACUAGGAGGUUCUGUCUCAGGAAAGGAUGAUCUUAUCUCUGUUGGACCUGAUGGUAAAGGUGGAAGAAUCAAAGUGUUGAGAUCUAAACCCCAAUUUUCUAACGCCAAUGCAAGCGCAGGAAGUGGUAAGAGAUUCAAGAGUGGAACAAAAACAAGUGGUUCGUCCUCUCAAGGGUGUCUGCAGAUCGAACACUUUUUUGGAAAACCCAAUCGCUAACUAUUCGAGGUCUGUAAAAUCAACUUUCUGGAAGAGAUAAUAAAAGAUUGGCUAAACUAUCUUGUUCUAGAUAAUGAUAACCACCAUAUAAACAUUGCUGACUGUUUGUAGCACAUAAAACCUGGUACUAUUUUCUUUUUAGUUUAGAGUUUGAAUACGAAAAGAAUGGCUAAACUAUAAUUUAA